CCGCUUGUGGCGCCGGUCUUUCCGGCAGGCAAGGAGCCACUGCCUCCAGGCAUCUCGGAAGAGGAGCGCGAGAACUUUCUUCAGGCGAAGAAAUACCAGGACUACAUGACGAUGGGCAUGGAAUCAUGUGCCGCAAAGACGGUCAUCGCCGGGGUGGGAGGAUUCGGCAUCGGAGCGUUCUUCUCGCUCAUGAGCUCGUCCUUUGCGUACGAGGACCCGCUGCUGCGCGGGCACCCCAGCGGCGAGCUCAGCCGGACGCAGAAGGCGAGCGAGGUCUUCAAGGAGAUGGGCCGCGGCAUGUGGCGCAGCGGGAAAGGCUUUGGCAAGGUCGGCGCGCUGUUUGCCGGGAUCGAGUGCGUGAUCGAGUCGUAUCGCGCGAAAAACGACAUGGUGAACCCUGUUGCGGCAGGCUUCGUCGCGGGCGGGGUCCUGGCGCGGAAUGCGGGCCCGAAGGCUGUGCUCGGCGGUGGUGUAGCGUUUGCGGCGUUUUCUGCCGCGAUAGAUCUC